AUGGCCGACGAGGAAGAGCGCCUCAAGGCCGAGAAGCUCGCCGCGGCGAAAAAGAGGGUCGCCGCCCUCCAAAAGAAAAAGAAAGCCGGGAAGAAAGCCGGAGGAUCGAGUACAGACGCAGCCAAAGAGGCCGAGGUAGCAGAGGCAAACGCGACGCCCACAGAAGAGGGACCAGCCACGGAGGAGAGCGCAGAGAAGGAGGAGGUGCAGCCUGGACCCGAGACGACUACAACCCCGCUAGAUGAAGGAGAAUCACCAUCUGAGCCGAUGCCCGAUGCGCCGACGGGGUUAGAAGAGGGGGCCGGGCACGAACAGGCCGAGUCCGAGUCAACAGCUACAGACGCAGCGACGACGAAGCCGGAUCCGGGGCCCACCCCACGCGCAGGACAUACAAGGCAGCCGUCGCUAUCGAUUCAAUCGAAGAUGCGGUCGUCAUCGUUCCGACAGCAGUCUGUUUCGCAAGGGCAGGGUGGUGGUGCGACUUCGCCUUCGCCGUCUGCGACGAUAAAGUCGCCGUCGUUGUCUCUGCCGCCGCUUAGUGCGGAUGGUGAGUCCGUGCACGAGGUGUACAGGAAGCAGGCGGGGCGGAUUGAGGAGCUGGAGAGGGAGAAUAGGCGGCUGGAGAAGGAGGUUGAGGAGGUUACCGGUCGGUUCAAGACGACGGAGGACCAGCUGGAGGAUUUGAGGGAGGCGAGUGUUGAUGUUGCGGAAUUGAGGGAGCGGUUGAGAGUUGCGGAGGGCAAAGUCGAGAGGGUUGAGGAGUUGAAAGCGGAAAUUGCGUCCCUUCAACGACAGAAUUCACACCUUCAGACGAAUAGACAUCGGUCUGGACCGUCGGAAAGUCCGCCAUCGGAUCUCGUACAGCAGCUAGAAUCCAAGUCCGCGGCGGUAGAAGCGAUGGAGCUAGAAAUCUCGAAUUUACGCGCCCAAAUCUCGACACAGUCUGCGCAUGAGACCCAGAUUGCGGCGUUAGAAGAGAAGCUAUCACGCAGUGAAUCUGCUCUUGAGAAAUCACAACGCGAGCUCACAGAUGCAAAGAACGCGUUGACACGGGCCUCUGAAAAGGCAGUCAAGGAGGGCGUGGACAAGACAUCAACAGAAACCCUAAUCAAGAGCCUACAGCGAGAAAUCGAAGAACUGAAACAAGCAAAGACAGAGUCCGAAAAGAAGAUCGAUACACUAGAGAAGAAGCUGCAAGCAAUCGGCAACCUACAUAAAGAAUCCGAAGCCCGGCAUCAGACCCGCCUCCGCGAGAGCGAGAAAUUCGAAAAGGAAGCGGCCGUCCUUAAGAAGAAACUAGCGAGCACAGAGAACGAGAACCUCCGCCUGAAAGAGGAGCAAGAAGCGCUUCGCAAACGAGACGCCGGCUCCGGCGGUGCAGACGACGACGCCAUCGACGAACUAGAGGACGAAGAACGCUCACGUCUCCAGCGCCGAAUCCGCGAACUCGAGGGGGAGAACUUUGACCUCCGCCGCGGAGUCUGGCGCGAGAAACGCCAGGAACUGCAGGAACAGGGCCACGAUGGUGAGAAUGAGUACGCCCCUGAGUACUCUCACCCCUCGGCCGCGAACACCUUCGACGACGUGGACCUCACUGGCGGAAGCCCCGAGCAUUCUCGACGCCGCAGCAUGGCGCAGAGACAAUCGCAGCAGCAGCAUUCGUCCUUCUCGACCGUGCUCUCGAGUGGACUUGCCGCGUUUACGGGAGGCACGUCACCAUUCUACAACCGUCCUUCAUCUACACAAUCUCACGCACACCAACACGCCCCAGGGGCACGGGGAAGUCUCGAGCUUUUGUCAGAAGAAAACUUUGACGACGAAUUCGACGAGGCAGAAUUCGCCCGCGCACAGGCAGAGGAAGAGGCUCGCAAGCGAGUCGAGUGGGUACGAGGGAUCAAGAAGCAACUCCGAGACUGGAAGGGAUGGCGGUUGGAUCUUGUCGAUAGCCGUGCUGGGGCGGAGGGGGCCGGUGUGGGUAUGGGCGAGAUCUUCGAGAUAUAG